AUGAAUAGUUUGUGGCCCUCAGCGAAAACGGCCCAGGCGUCGUCGAACGAGGCCUCCACAGAGGCAGCGGAGGAGGCCAUUGACUACUCCGCGGACGAAUCCGCGAUUGACGACUCCCCAGCCCCAUCUCCAGCUCCAUUGCUGCCGCCACUCUCGUCGUCCAGAAGCCCCCUUCAGCAGUCCCAACAACAAUCACAACGGCAGGGCGGCAGCUCCACGAUGCUUCCUCCUGCAGCCUCGGGUGGUAAUAACAAUACUAAUAAUGCGAACCGAGCGCAAAUCCCACAGCAUGCCCCCACCGACUCCCUGUCGCUGAUGCAGCUGCGGCGCAUCGUGGCCACGGUCAAUGCAACUGAGCCUGCGGCAUAUGACUUUGUCUAUUCAGAUAUGGCCCCCCAUGCCGAGGAGAUAGAUGAGUGGUUCGUGUAUCAGUUCUGGCAGUGGGUGCGCCUUAACGCGGCACAAAAGGCCUUUGAGUGGCAUUGGAAGCACGAGUCAGGCGGCAAGCAUGGCUGGGACGAUGCGGACCACGACACGAGAGCGAAAUUUAUACAGGGCGCCAUUGCGGGCGUGCAAUCGAACGAUGCGGCUUUGAGGGCGAAUUCGAUUGGAAAGAUUAUGUAUCUGGUGUUGGGGAGAUGGGGGGAUACAGCAAUGCCUCACGCCACGGAUGAAUCGAGCCGGUCGAUUGCAAGUAUCCCUCAGUUACAGGCGAUAAAGGCUGGCGUGACGUGUUUGACAUCGCUGGGAGGCCUAUCGGUCGUUUGGGAAGCGCUGAGAAAUGUCUUUGAGAUCCAUUGGGCUGGCGAGAUCCAACAAGCCAGUGCUCAGGAUGCCCAGGACGAACUAAUGAAUCUCCUGACGAUUAUGUAUAUUGUUGUUCAGGAGACGUUGAACGACCCCGAAGACAUGGCGUCGACAGAAGCAAAAUUGCUUGGGUUGAACCCCUCAUUGGUUGAUUUCAUGAUGUUGGCGACCUCCAAGUUGAGGUGGGAUGAACAGAGCACCAUGCCUCAUACUCAAAUUUUCCUCUUGUUCUGGAAAUCGAUUCUUCUUGUUUUCGGUGGAACCAAAGACCUUGAGCGUGUCAAGGAAGCCACCAGCGAGCUGACGAAUGGAGACAAGACCAAAGAUACAAUCACAGCAAAUCCCUUAGACUAUCAUGUUUUCCGCCAGGAAAUAACGUCGAAAUACCCGGCUUAUGUCCCUCCGCAGCCCUUGAUACCACUGGAGGCUGACAACCCAUCACUUCUCCCACCUCUGCCUAAUAUUGCGAGCCGAAACGGUGCCAACGGCAUUAUUCCACAACCACCAAAUGUACAAAUGGGAGGAGCGUCCAUCCUUAACCAGCCAGUACACAUUGCCACCCCAGCACCAUCACCACCGCCGUCUCCGGGAGUCGGUGGUAAGGGCGGUAAGAAGCAAAACUACCAGACUAACCAAAAUUUUCCAUUCAUAAAAUGGGAGGGCAGCGAUAUUCCCGCCUCAAUUCUCGAAGCGGGACAACUGUUCUCUUCGCGUGUCAGGAUGACCCGAGCGACUCGUCAGCUCUGGGAGGAGCGAGAGCGAUUUCUCAAAUUUGAGCGCGGCUGGGAGACUGACGACGAUGCUGACGAAAGCGAUAAUGAUGAUAUUGAGGAACUUGAUCUUAAUGAGCUCACCUUGGAAGAGAGAGAGGUGUUGCGUGAACUAAAAGUGGAGGAUAAUAAAGAGAAGAAGAAGAAAGAACGACCAUUUCAAGGCCCUGAGCUUGAUCUUGGCCCUCAACCGGAUAGAUUGAGCGAACGCGACAAGCAACGGCUCAUGGCGGUGGAACGUUUCUAUAGCGAUGCCUUGCCUCACCUUCAGUCCAUAGUGAUUGUUUUACUUCGUCCCAUCCUUGUUAAUGUCACGGCCAUAGUGACCCAGCAGCAGAAUCAGAUGGCAGGGAUGGCUAAUAGGGCUAAUAAUCCCGGCGUUAAUGGUGGCCAUGGGUCGCAGAGGGGUAUGGAUAUGGGUGGACAAGGACAGGCAGAGCAAGAUGGGGAGCCGACCCCUGAAGAGAUUGACGCCACUCGAACAAGGGAGAUUACCUCAAAGGCAAUGACAGCAAUUCUCCUACUCUUGCUGAAGUGGCUUAGACUCUCGCAUGUUCUCAAGUUUGAAUACUUGACUCAGCUUCUGCUGGAUUCUAAUUACCUCCCUUUGGUCCUCAAGCUCUUUGCGCACCAAGACAUUCAACAAGUGGUCGACAGUAAGAUGGAUCAUGUUGAAAAUAGCUUCUUCCAAUUUUGCAACAUUCGGUCAAAAUUUAAGGAUAAGGCCGAGAGCGAUGCCGACAACGAGGAAGAAGACAUGGACGAAGAAAACGUUCAUGGUGAAGAUGAAGACAACGGGCGAUUGGCAGGAGAAGACAGCGGAGAUGAUGCGGCGCCGCCGCCGAUUAAGAGACAGCGAGAGCUAGAGGAACCGGUUGUGGACCAGAUGGAAGAUGUGGCUGUCGACAGCGAGGAACAUGUCCCGAUGAGACCAGAGGUUGACGAAAUGGGGCUGCCCCUGGGCACUCUCCCACUGGAGCCCAUCACCGACUUUUCGAGGAGGAACUUUUUCUCCCUGAUCAACUACCUCAGGGUGAUGCAGAAGAUCUGCAAGAACAAGGCGCACCGCAACUUGCUGCUGGUGCAGUAUAAGUCAUCCACCAUCCUCAAGAAGUCUCUGAGGGUACCCCAGCCCGAACUGCGGCUAUACACACUCAAACUCUUCAAGGGCCAAGUGCCGUACUGUGGCCGUAAGUGGAGGCAGUCCAACAUGCGAGUCAUCACCGCCGUCUACCUCCACUGCAGGCCCGAGCUUCGUGAUGAGUGGCUCGCGGGCAGCGACAUUGACGCCGAGGUGGACUCGGCGCUGCCGUUGGAGCAGGCGCUGCGGAGCUUGACGCAUUGGCUCAACGUGCGGCGGUACCCGGAGAAGAUUGCGGCCGACAUUCGCAUCGCCAUGAGGGAGGAGCAGGACUUCUUCUCGAGGGAGCUGGAGAAGGUGGAUCUGAACUGGACGGACUUGAUGCUCAAUGGGGAUGAUACUAUGAGUGAGAUGGACCAUGGGGAAUCGACUUGGGGAUGA